AUGGUAACAAAGCCGCCGCCGGUAUUACUCAUUCAUGGAACAGUCGGAAGUAAAAUGCGUGCCAAAUCACGCAUAUCAGCUCACGCAGAAGAUGCAUGGGUUAAUUCUCAGAUUAUUCCGCGGAUGAUGAUAGCCACGAAGGUGGCCAACGACUUGUGGUGUGCCCCAGAUUUAGAAACUUUGUGGGUAGAAUCACAUGUUGCGAAGUAUGUCGAUGUUACGCCUUACCCGGGGCUCGAGGGGGCCCGUCGUUUACUCACACUCAAAGGGUUCGAGCGCAUGCUGCGUAAGCGGCGAAUAGGGUACUAUUAUGAAACAUUACUGCAAUGGUUCAAGAAGUAUUGCGGUUAUGAGGAGGGCGUCACUAUAGACGCAUUUUCCUAUGACUGGCGACAGGAGAUCGGACACCCCAAACUUCAGGAGGAUCUACGAAAAUGUAUCAAGGCCAUGCGGUGUCGCAACGGUGGCCAGAGAUUGACGGUAAUUGCGCAUUCACUCGGAGGGUUGGUAGUUCAGGCAUACAUGCAGACGUACCCCGACUGGAAUGACGAUAUUUCACGGUUUGCAGCAAUCAGUGUCCCAUUUGACGGAGUGGGUGGUUAUUCUAUGGCAGGAUUUCUAACAGGCUAUUGUCUCCGGCUUCCUAUACCUAUGUCUUGUGGGCGAGGGAUACAAGGCGCGUCGGGCUCCAUCAUCUCUAUGGCAGGACGUCCGGGGGGCAGCCCCUGCAGCAGUAAGUUCAUCAGCACUAACAUAUACGUCAAGCGCCUGCUCUGUCCGCGUACUAGUAGUGGCGGUGAUAACGACAGCAAUAAUUAUGAUCCAGGCAGUGACGUUACUAGCAAUAUCGACGCUACUAGUGAUACUUGCACAGAGCUAGCCACUCUUAUGAAGGACUCUGCAGACUCACAGCACAAUGAAAAGCAACCUCUAUUUAAGAUACAUUUGAAUCUUACUCCAUACAGGAAGAAAAUGCCCAAUCUUGCAUACUGUAUUCUGGAGAAAAUUCAGCAGGACCCGUCUCUUUUGACAAAAGAUGUGGAGAGGUCGCUAACGCUUCUUCAAAAUUGCUGUCAUAGAAAGGCCGUGCAAAUAGAAAUCAACGGGGUUCUGCAUUUAAAAAAGCGUCGUCGUGGAACCCUGUUCCCAGAGUAUGCGUUCAAUCGUGCUUUCAAGAAGCUGGAAGCACUCGCAACGCCAGAGGAAAUAGGUGUUGUUAGUUCUCUUUAUGACUUCAAGUAUGCCUCUGCUCUGACCAAGAUAAUCGAGGACGUUGUGCCAGCGGAGGAGAGUCCACGUACCACAAUUGUAGAGGUCCCUACAACCUCAUUGCCACAGGGCGCAACAGCUACCAUUCUCGCCGUAAGUUCAGAGCAUCAGUAUAAAAAUUGUCCUUUGCAACAAGAUGCUACCAUCUAUCAACUAGAUAUUAACUGUGGGUCACUGCUUGAUUCCAUAAUGAUCCACUAUGACAACACUUCACUGACAAUGCCGGGUUCUCUUCAGCCAAAGGAAGAGAAUACUUUACAAAGGCUACCAGGGCAAACAGAUGAUUUUACUGACGUACUGGACACACACGUGACAAACGGUAGUGAAGAGACAGACCCUAGGACUAAUACGACAGAGCCAGAGCUUUCGCCAAUUAAAGUACGUCCACUCCAACAGAAUUCGCUAUCCAUUACCAGUUCAUCCUUCCAAUUGGUUAACGAUCAUGAGCUCAGCGUUGUUCAAAAUCAGCACACAGGAAACCCAAUCUUUUCAUGGGAAUGCUACUCUCCAUGGGUUACCUACUCUAACGAACAUGGAUCCGUGAUUCCUCGAUCGUAUGAGACCAGAAAGCUAGCGAACAUAUUUUCUCACCCUGAUUUUAUUUUCAAAGGGAACACUGUUACUAUAAAAGAAGAUAGUGACUUCUUGACCUUCUACAAAGAGACCUCUGGUGGAUUCCACGGUACCAGCGGGCGCGUUAUACGUUGGUCUGAGUAUCCUCACCUGCGACGGUAUAGCGAGAUAACCAUGUUGAUGGAUGAGCUAGCAGCAGAGUAUGAAAAUAUACCGCAUCACAUCAACUACAACGGACGAAUAGUCAAGUCAAAAAAGUGCAUAUUGAACUACCCAGAUCUUCCGAAGCUACGACGGGAGAAAAAGAUAAAGAAGGUAGAGACAGGCGAACCGAAACAUCUGUCAAAGGGUGUGCUCCUCAACGACACCCCAGACAGCAUAGCAUCGAUUGUAAAGAAGAUGGAUCCGUCGUCCAUCUACGUGAAGGAGCGCGUCUCCUCGGCCUAUGUUAAGGCCAGGCGUGCAUCAACAGAUGCAAGGACAUCUGUAGUAGAGAAGUUUAUCAACUAUAACUCCUCAAGUUCAUCGCCUAACACUGAUGGCUACACAGACAAUCAGGGCUCGCAAGACCAUUCCUUUACCCAUAUUACUGGGGAAGAAGAUAGCAUGGACGUUGAUAGUUGUGCAGAGCUCGGCUCGAACAGCUUUACAGAGGAAACUGACAAUAUAGUGUCGAGCACGGGGAGUGCAUAUAGUGACUCUAAGCAUUGUAGAGCUAAUCAUAAAAAGCGAGUGAAAAGUGCCGACUCGACUUCUGAUACUCACGGAAAAGCUGCUGCCAAGCCGAGACCAGACAAGGAGUCUCGGGGAAACUCCAAACGUACGAGCAGACGUACUUCCCUGUCCUUGUCUGAUAGAGCCUCGGAAAUCAUGGAGUAUGCUCCCAGCACAGAAGAAAUCUCUAACCUGGAUCUGACCGGCACACCAGGGAAAAAGGACAAAGAAAAAGACCGUAUCAUCCUAAUCCCCUAUGCAAAUCCGUGGUCUGAUCUGACCCUUCGCAAAUCUGUUUCAGAGCGCCCCAUAGCAGAGCUAAUAGAUAAGGUUUCGGUGAAGGGGUCCCUAGACGCCCUGAUAUUUCCUAAAUUUGAUAAGUGCUGGAGCUUCUCUGCUCAGCGGCAAGUCAAGCCUAUUGUCUAUCCAGCCAAUCCAAAGGAUUUUCGGUACAUCAGUUUAUUAACCUACGGGCGACAAACUCCUAUACACGUUGUGUACCCCAAACCAAUACAGGAGUACUCUGAACUUCUAGACCAGAUUCCAACAUUUGUGACGGGCCAGGGCGACGGGACUGUCAUCCUCAGUAGUAUGCUCAAUGACGGCGUUCCAGAUCAGUACGUUGAUGACAGGAUUGUGGAGUACGGUAUCUCUCACUUUAAUAUUCUGCACAGCUUCACAACCUUUACACGGAUAACAUCUUUCAUGGGGCUGUCUCUUAAGAAUGUUGAAUACGACCAAAGCCUCUUCAAUGAAGAGGAGUCUAGUAACGAAAACACACUUGAAGGGGCCUUUUCAGAGGUAGUCAAGAGUAGAACUAGUGAAUUUGCGUUUUAUUUAGUCAUGUUCAGUCAUUCCAGAGCAAGUACUGCGGCGAAUACCCGAAUCCUACGCACAUUCACACUUACAGGGGAUGAACAGGGCAUUUUGGGUGGGUUCUUUCGGGUUCUCGUCAACACAAUUGAGAUUCACGGCGGCGAUCAUCUUCUCGUUCAGACAGAUGUUGCCGGGGAUCAUACCCCAGCUGCUAGAAUUUGGUAUAGCCUGCUGCAGUCUGUGUGUGAUAACGCUUCUGCAGAUGACGUUCUUCUGUCUCUGGCUCCCCUAGUUUCACAUUUAGAUCUUUCUCCGAUAGAAUCUGCUGAACAACACGAACGAGUCAUCUCCAAGUUAGUGCAUUCACUCCCAGAAACCCUCAGGACAAAUAUGUUUGACCAUAGCUUCCGCUGUGGUGGUUGUGGGAAGCUAUCUCAUCAUACUUUGCUCAACUUCCUCCAAUUCGACACUAGCGGGACUGCAGUACUCAAUUUCAACAUCCAAUCCAUCCCAUGCCCAGUGUGCGCGGCUACAGGUCUUUUGACAGUCGUCCAGCGCCCUCUUUUAUCAGUAAGUACUACCCUGUCCUACUCAUCCUUUCCUAUCAAUCAGCAUCAGCAGUUAGCUCCAGAUUAUCGUGUCUAUAACACGGCAUUCAUGAGUAGUAAGGUCACGGACGAUUCUAUGGAAGAUGCAGAAAGGCGCAUGGAGAGCUACACGGUGUUUAUUAACACCCAAGACAAACGGGGGCCUAAUGAUGAUUAUGUGCUGUACUCUUUCAUGGGAAGCACGCUGCGCGCCGAAGCACGUGAUAAGGUAUCAGAACUAACAUUUCUGAAGACUAAGAAGGUUGCUGCAUACAGAGAAGGCGUCCCUGGUAACCAGCUUCGCCAACGAAUUGGUCCCUGCCGGAUCAUCUUUUACAUGGAUACAAAGACAUUUGCCCCAGAGCUCCGCAAGCAGCUGGCAAUUCCUUCUGCUGCACCUCGUCAAGAGCAUGUCUCCCCUAUCAACCCCCCUGUAUCUGUUGCACAGCAGACAGUGUACUCCGAUACAGAGCCCCUCAAACCGAACACACCUGCUCCCAUGUAUACUCUAGAGCACUCUGAAGCUCUAAAGAACGUACCUCUGACACAUGAUAGACAGUGCUAUUGCUGUCCGUGCUCUGGCUGCGAUUGUGGUGGUGGCUGUGCAUCUGGAUACUGUAAGCACUUGCAAAGUGAGGCAGAGGAGUGCUGCAGCUGCGUGGACGACGAUACGUGUUGUGGGCGGCAUCUGCUUCUUUGGACUGUCAUUGUAAUUAUGGCCAUCUUGCUAUUGAUAACCUUUAUAUUAGUCAUCUGUUUGUACGCACAAAUCGGCAGCACCCUAACUGUGAAAAAUCUUGUUGUUAGCAACUUGUCAGUACUGGGUCCAUCUGCCGUCACCACUACGUUCCGUGUGAAGACUCUCCAGGGUUUGGCACCAGACAAUUUCACAGCAGAGGUGCGCAGGAUUGUCUCAGGAACACAGAAUCGCAGCCAUCUAGACGGAAACGAGUGGACGCAUCUAUCGUUGGAAGAGUACAAGCGUCUUCUAGUUGAUAUUCAAAAUCACUGCCAAGCCACCAAGAUUGUGUCGUGCCCAGUAACAGACACUCUCCUCGAUACAUUAGAUGGCUACGCAGAGCUUAAAUCUGUAUAUGAGCGUGCUACAAGAUAUCCAUCCUUUUAUCCUCGUAAAGGAGAGCUAUUAAAGGAUGCCUAUCUGAGCUCCGUUACCAUGGAGUCUAGGUUAUGGGGCAUGCUCAACGUCGAGAGCCUCUCAAGCAUUUUUGUGACUGCUCCUCCAGCCGCGUGUUUGACCCCGACGACAUACAGUUGCAACGGACAAUUCAAUUACCUCAAGACCGCAGACCUAGACAUGCAGAUGACCAAUGUCCAAGCAACGUUCCAGGACUUGAUAAUAAACGGGAAGCUCACGGCGACCAGCGCCACCUUUACCGAUCUAUCCGUAUCUGGAAAAUUGGACGUUACAGGGUCUGCCACCAUCCCAAGCAUAACUGGACUGAACGACCUCACCACGACUACCUUGACCACGGGAGCAUUGAAAGCUACGAGCAUUACCGCUGAUACUGCGACGAUCGGUACACAAGUAGUGCAGACGCAACUUAGUGCAGUUGGUACAGCACCAAAUGGACCUUACAACUUAGUCGUUGGAACAGAUGGAGUAAUCACUAAAAAGAAGUUAGCCUAUCAGGAUGGAGCAAAUGCUGAGGUCCUAUCGGUGACUGACACGGGCGUAACUAUAAGUGGUAAUAUUGCCUUGUCUAAAACUAUAGAUGUCACAAAUUCAGGGAACGUAGUAUUCAAAGCUGCACAAUCAGGUUCUCCAGGAACAUACACCUUUACAGAUAAUACUUUGCAAUUAACUAAAACGGGCACAGGGGAUACAACUACUAUUACAGAAGCAGAGGUCAAAACGAACAAAGUUACCACACAAGUUGCCUCCAAUUCAAUAGAUGAACUGUGCAUAACAAAGAGCAUCAACCUUUGUCCAGCUGGAGCACCCUCUGUUACAUUUCUCACGGUGGCAACUGCUGGGCAAGCAGUGACGGGGACUAUUAGCAAUGUAAAGACAGCAACGAUAGAUACAGCGGUCAUAUCCACGAGCCUGGCUGCACCUGCAGUAGCAGUAAGCACAAACCUUUCACUGGGAGCCCAUCCCGACUUCGACAUCGUUUAUGCUGCCAAAACAAGCAAUCCCCCCGGUACACCUGCUUCCUUUGCAAUCAACACAGUAGUUAAAAGCAAUAAUGCUGACGUCAUAGACUUCACCAGUGGAACUAAGGUAACAGUGCAUGUACCAGCAAACUUCACCAAACAAGUCACAGUCACAGAUUCCAGCACUGACAAGAUAAAGUUAGACCCAGGAGGUACAAUUACAACUAACAACUGUAAUUUAGCGAUGACCGGUGGGACCGCAACUUUAGACCAAACAAAAAUAACAAUCACACCUCCGCCGUGA